AUGGAGCCCCUGCAUCUAGCACCAGACUACAAGCCUGAAAAUCACAGUGUACCCUGGCCAGAAGUGGUCCCCCUGAUUGGAGCUCUUAUAAAAGCCGUGGUAGUCGAGAUAUACCAUGCAGAUAUCUCCUAUGUGGCGCGCAAUCCCUUCGACUCUGUUGGUGAACCGAUUGAGAAGUUUGUUGCUCGCUUGAAGUUUAGACUAGAGACAGACUUUCCUAAUUCUCCGCCUUUCACGAUCUACCAUCUCACAGAGACAUUACUUCUCAAAACACCUGGAUUCGAGCCAACGCGAGGCCUGAAGACGCGUCUUCAUGAGUUCAAAACAACAAUUCGUAACACAGUGACCAAUAAAGAGACCGUCAUUGAAGCAGACAACAACUACUAUCAAUCCGGUAACGGGUCGACCGAAACACACGAGAACGAGGUGAGCGCACUGAAAUAUUUGCGCGCUUUGGAGCGUAGCAUAUUUGUGCAAACAUCCAUCGAGGAGAUCAAUCAGCAUCUAGCCGAGUACGGUUCGAGGAACACUACGGACUUGAGGGGCGAAAGGCCACCUGAGGAUUCGAGUUCUAUACAGAUGAGUCGAAUCGGCUGGGUCGAUGAAAUGCGCGCUUUGGCAGCACAAGACGCGACUACGGAGGCAUCUCCAAAACGGUUAGUUUCUGAGCCAGAAGAGGGCAGACAUGUCAAACGGACCAAAAACGAGCGCGAGCAGGAAGACGAGAAAACUAGUGCAGAGAGCGGAAAGCAAAAUGACUCGGAGGAUGGGGAUGGGUCUGACAUCUCGACUGGAGAUAUGAGUGUGGAUUAG